AUGGCCAGUUUUCUAGGCCACGCCAUUCCUGGCUCUUUCUUCUUGCUCUUUGGGUUAUGGCUGACCAUCAAACACACUCUCCAACACUACUGGAGGAAAAAUCAGCCCAGAGGAAGAGCCAUUUUGCCUCCUUUCUUCAAACGAAUUGAGUACAUUGAGGGAGGGCUUCAAAUCUUUGCUUCGUUUGUCGGGAUCAUGGUGGAGCAGUUUGUGGUGGACGGCCCGCACGCUCACCUCUACGACAAUAAUGCGUGGGUCAAGCUGAUGAAUUGGCAGCACAGCACCAUGUACCUCUUUUUUGGCAUCUCGGGAAUAGCUUUGGUGCUAAGCACUUUUUCCAAACUUGUACCAGUCGGCGUGGACCGAUUGGCUCUUUCUUUGGCUCUUUUUGUAGAAGGUUUUUUGUUCUACUACCAUGUGAGCACUCGCCCACUAUUGGAUGCCCACAUCCACACUCUUCUACUUGUGGCUGUGUUCAGUGGAUCGGCUUGUGCCAUGAUGGAGGUGUUCUUGAGGGACCACAUUAUUCUGGAGCUGCUGAAAGCCUGCUUGUUCGUCUUGCAAGGCUCGUGGUUCUACCAGAUCGCUUUUGUUCUUUUCCCACCGAGAGGCCCGAAAUGGGACUUGACUUUGCAUAGCAACGUCAUGUUUGUCACCAUGUGCUUCUGCUGGCAUCUGGCCAUGGCGUUGCUUGUCGUCACCUUCACCUCGGCUGCCGUUUGGAUCACCAUGAGGAAAUUCUCCAGAAGGGAACAUGACAUGGAGAUGGUGAUGCGAAGUAAACUGUCUGCAGCAAACUCUGAGAAAGCUUUGCUCGAUGAGUCUGAAGAGGAUUAA